UCGAUUAUAUAUUGAACUUAGGGAAAAUUGGAUCCGUACCAUUAAAAGAUUGCAAAGUUAGAUAUAUACCAUCGGUAUCUCAAGGCAGCUCAUAUCUAGACGUCUAGUGGUGAGCAGGGAACCAACAGGACUCAACGGCCCUCCUGCUCAGCCUAGCUUUCAUUGGUGCCACCUCUCCCAUCCUCUUUCGGUAUCUAAAAGCUACCGUCGGAGAGGGGAUUGCCUUAGCUACCGCACCGGACCUUGAGGCUUAAAGUCUCGCUCGUCAGAGUUCAGGAGCUGUUUCCAAGAUGUUGCCUCUUGAAAAUGAGCCUGGUCACUGAAUUUCCUUGAUUUAUUCCUGCAAGGAGGUUGAAGUGAGGGAAUUAACGAGAAUUAGAAGAGUUAUGGGAGUUGUGCUUCUGGGUUUCUUGGGCCAGUUAAUCAAACGGCGAGCUUCUCUGCGGUGGAAGCAAGCAGGAAGAGCAUCUUACCGCUGCAGCUAGCCUCCUAAUCUUUUCUAAAUUCCUUCUACUUAGAUACAUAAUUCUCCUAGUCAAUUCAUGUACCUUUAUGCAUGAAAUUUGAUCUGUGGGCACAUUUAAGGGGAUGAACACACAUAUCAUACAACUGUUACAAGGCCUGUGUUCUGAUGGUCUAUGGAGGUAUGCCAUCUUCUGGUCUUUCAAAAGCGAGAUGAAUGGGUGGAGCUUGACUUGGGGGGAUGGUUAUGUCGAUAAAAUGGUAGAAUACAAACAAGUGGGAAAUCUUUCUGCUGUCCCCACUGUUAGUAAGAAUCAGAUUGUACCAUCCUCUUGCCCCAUUGAGGCAGCACUACUGAAAAUGUCUAGCCAUUUGUACCCUCUUGGAGAAGGGAUUAUUGGUAAAGUAGCGCUUACAGGACAACAUUGCUGGAUUUCUUCCAACGAACUUUGUUCAGUAUCUAUGCAUAAUUACCGAGAAGACUGGCUGCUUCAAUUCGCAGCAGGGAUCAAGACAGUACUGCUUGUACCGGUGGUUCCUCAUGGGGUUCUUCAACUGGGCUCUUUAGAUAUGGUUUUUGAAAGUUCAGCAUUGGUGACACUCAUCAAGGACUUGUUUCAUGAGCUUUACGAUGCUCCGGUUUCUCAUACCUCUUUAUCUGCUGGGUCUGCCGACUCAUAUACUUUUAGGCCACCAACUGCAACUCUAUCAAUCGAUCAUCCAGAUGUUAACUUGUUUGAGAUCAAUAGUGCUGCUCGGCUUUUGAAUGAUCAUCUCAGUUUAACACAGCCCUUCACUACAUCAGAAUUUCCAACAGUGGAAGAUAGCACUAUAGGCUCUUACAGAAUUAGUCCAACAGGUCGGCCUGAUGGACUGUUGGGUGGUAACGAAAUCAUGAAGUAUGAAUAUUCCAAUGGCUUUACCCUGACAGAUAUGGCACAUGGAUAUCAAGAGAAUACUUGUGGUGAUGGCAGCACUGUUCUAAAUGAUUGUGUAGAUACUUGUGGUGAUGGCAGCACUGUUCUAAAUGAUGGUGUAGUGAUUUCAAGUCCAAUCGAUUCAGAGUAUCACAGGGAUCUCAUGGCAAUGUCCAGGGAAGAACACGAGCUCUUCAUAUGGCAUACUAGGUUGAAGCACACAACAAGCCCCACACCCUUUCAAGUGAAUGGCGACAAUGCUGACUUUUGCAUGCAGCUUGAAACCAACAAUUAUGCAGAAAUGUUACUAGAUACUAUAAUUGACCAGAUUGGUCAUACGUCAAACAGUGAAUCUUCUCACCCAACUGAUCCUCCACUUUGUCAAACAAUAAUUAAAAAAGAUCAUGCGCCGAGGAUGGAUGAAUCAUCAGUUCCUGACAUCCCUGGUGGCCAAGAACUUUCACAUAUCCCCAUGAACGAAGGCUUCAUAAGUUGUGCAAUGACUGAUGCUUCGGCUACAGAAAUCAACAAGUCCACAACUCAAGAAUGCAUAGUUCGAAAUACACAUGGGACAAAUUCAGCUGAAAUAAAAAAAAGACGCAGUAACGUUGAGAGUCAGAGGCCAAGACCAAGAGACAGGCAAUUGAUCCAAGAUAGGAUGAAGGGUUUGAGGGAGCUCAUUCCAAACGCAUCUACGUGCAGUAUUGAUGCUCUACUGGACAAAACCAUGGCAUACAUGCUGUUCCUCCAGAGUGUAUCCGAGAAAGCUGAGAAGAUCCCGAAUACUAUUACAUCGGCAAACAAGGAGCUCCAUGAUGAGACGAAGAAACAACUUGAAAGCUGCCCGCUGAGAGUUGAAGAGCUUGAUCAGCCUGGCCAUCUUCUCAUCAAGAUGCUGUGCGAGGACUAUGAGGUCUUCCUUGAGAUGGCGCAUGUGUUGAAAGGCCUUGACCUUAGGAUACUGAAAGGAGUGCUGGAACAUCGUUCUGCCAAGCUCUGGGCUAGCUUUGUCAUCGAGGCAUCGGGAGGUUUGAGCCAGAUGCAGAUUCUGUGCCCACUGAUGCAUCUCCUGCAUAGGAGAUGGAGUUAGCAUGUUUGUCAGGCUCUGUUUACCUGUCGUUUUAGUGUUUGUGGUUGAUGUGGAUUGAUUAUGCUAUGCAAACACCUUAUACCGACUGUUUGCUUGGUACUCUACUAUGUACAGCUAAAUAAAUAGAUGAAUGCAUUUAGACCACAAUAUUAGAACUCAAAA